AUGGAGAGCAACCAGCAAAGUGAAUAUGAAGACUUGUUGCCAGUAAUGGCAGAGAAGUUAGAUGUGGAUGCUUUUGUUGAAGAACUUUGUGGGGGAUUUCGUGUUCUGUCCGAUCCGACAAGCAGGUUGAUUACUCCUUCAAGUUUGCAGAAGAAUUCCUCGUAUUUGGGGUUCGAAGGAAUGAGCAAAGAAGAUGCCGAGGAGAUGGUCAGAGAAGGUGAUAUCGACGGAGAUGGAGCGCUUAAUGAGAAAGAAUUUUGCGUACUUAUGGUGAGACUCAGUCCUGGGAUGAUGCAGGAUGCAGAAGCAUGGCUUGAGAAGGCGAUGCAACAAACCAUAUGA